GCGGAAGCGGCGUCCGGGCAGCCAUGUCGCCUUUGUCUGCGGCUCGGGCGGCCCUGCGGGUCUACGCUGCGGGCGCGGCGGUGGUCCUAGCGCAGCUGCUGCGGCGCUGCCGCGGGGGCUUCGCGGAACCAGCAGGUGCGCAGGAAUGAGUGGAGGCCCCGCAGGCGGGCCGCGGCGCAGAAGCCAUGGAGGCGAAAGGCCUGGACCCGUCCCAGACAGACCUCAAGUUAGUGGCCCACCCGCGCGCCAAGAGCAAAGUGUGGAAGUACUUUGGCUUCGACACCAACGCCGAGGGAUGCAUCCUGCAGUGGAAGAAGAUCUACUGUCGCAUCUGCAUGGCCCAGAUCGCCUACUCCGGCAACACCUCCAACCUCUCCUAUCACCUGGAGAAGAAUCACCCCGACGAGUUCUGUGAGUUCGUCAAGAGCAACACGGAGCAGAUGCGCGAGGCCUUCGCCACCGCCUUCUCCAAGCUGAAGCCCGAGGCGUCGCAGCUGACCCCACCGGACACGCUGGCCACCAAGGCUGGCCACGGCCACGAGAGCAAGCGGCAGCAGGAGCUCACGGCCGCUGUCAUCGGCCUCAUCUGUGAGGGCCUGUACCCCGCGUCCAUCGUGGAUGAGCCCACGUUCAAGGUGCUGCUGAAGACGGCCGACCCCCGGUACGAGCUGCCCAGCAGGAAAUUCCUCUGCAGCAAGGCCAUUCCCGAGAAGUACGGCGCUGUCCGUGAGGCCGUCCUCAAGGAGCUCAGCGACACGUCCUGGUGCGGCAUCUCCACGGACAUGUGGAGGAGCGAGAACCAGAACCGUGCCUAUGUCACGCUGGCCGCCCACUUCCUGGGCGGUGGGGCCCCCGGCUGCCUGUCCGUGGGCUCCCGCUGCCUGAAGACCUUCGAGGUCCCCGAGGACAACACGGCCGAGUCCAUCACCAGGGUCCUGUACGAGGCCUUCAUCGAGUGGGGCAUCAGCGCCAAGGUGUUCGGGGCCACCACGGACUGUGGCAAGGACAUCGUGAAGGCGUGCUCCCUGCUGGACAUCUCGGUGCAGAUGCCCUGCCUGGGGCACACGUUCAACGCGGGCAUCCAGCAGGCCCUGCAGCUGCCCAAGCUCGCCGGGCUGUUGGCCCGCUGCCGCAAGCUGGUGGAGUACUUCCAGCAGUCGACCGUGGCCAUGUACAUGCUGUACGAGAAGCAGAAGCAGCAGAACAUGGCGCACUGCAUGUUGGUGAGCAACCGCGUGUCCUGGUGGGGCAGCACACUGGCCAUGCUCCAGCGCCUCAAGGAGCAGCAGUUUGUCAUCGCGGGCGUGCUGGUGGAGGACAGCAACAACCACCACCUGAUGCUGGAGGCCGCCGAGUGGGCCACCAUUGAGGGGCUGGUGGAGCUGCUGCAGCCCUUCAAGCAGGUGGCCGAGAUGCUCUCCGCCUCCAAGUACCCCACCAUCAGCAUGGUGAAGCCCCUGCUGCACAUGCUGCUCAACACCACGCUCAACAUCAAGGAGACUGACUGCAAGGAGCUCAGCAUGGCCAAGGAGGUCAUCGCCAAGGAGCUGUCCAAGACCUACCAGGAGGCGCCCGAGAUCGACAUGUUCCUGAACGUGGCCACCUUCCUGGACCCGCGCUACAAGCGCCUGCCCUUCCUGUCUGCCUUCGAGAGGCAGCAGGUGGAGAACAGGGUGGUGGAGGAGGCCAAGGGCCUGCUGGACAAGGUCAAGGACAGUGGCGGUGGCUACCGGACGGCGGAGGACAAGAUGUACGCGCUGCCGGAGGAGCCCCCGGUGAAAAAGCUGGUGCUGGCGUCCACGCCGCCGCCCACCAGCGUCAUCAACAGCAUGCUGGCCGAGAUCUUCUGCCAGACGGGGGGCGUGGAGGACCAGGAGGAGUGGCACGCGCAGGUGGUGGAGGAGCUUAGCAACUUCAAGUCGCAGAAGGUCCUGGGCCUCAACGAGGACCCCCUCAAGUGGUGGUCCGACCGCCUGGCACUCUUCCCGGUGCUGCCCAAGGUGCUGCAGAAAUAUUGGUGCGUGGCGGCCACGCGCGUCUUCCCGGAGCGACUCUUUGGCUCCUCCGCCAACGUGGUCAGAGCCAAGAGGAACCGACUGGCGCCGGCGCACGUGGACGAGCAAAUCUUCCUGUACGAGAACGCGCGCAGCGGCGCCGAGGCUGAGCCCGAGGACGAGGACGAGGGCGAAUGGGGCCUGGACCAUGAGCAGGUGUUCCCCCUAGGGGACGCCGUGCACGCCGGCUUCUUUGGGAUCAGGGACAGCGGCUUCGUGUAGGUGCCGGCGGGGUUGGGGGUGGGGUCACCGUGGCGCUGGACCCUGCGGAUGUUCCGCUGUAAAUACCCAC